AUGCCGUCCGACGAUCACUCCACCCAAGUCCCCAAGAAGAAGCGGAGCCGAGAACAACUCGAUGUGAACUCUUCCCACGAGACCGAAGCGGUUGCCGAAUCAGUCCAGAAGCCUGCCCAGGCCGAGCCUUCCGAAGAGAAGUCCACCGACCCGAAAGAACCGGAGAAGAAGCGACACCGGGACGGCUCGCAGGAGCAGGAUACCAAGACUGAUAAGGGUUUCGCGGGGAGUGCAUUCGCAACGUCUACACUUGCUGCCUUCGCCGGCUCCGAUAAAUCCCCCUUCGGCUCCAUUGGAGCAUCGACUCCGUCUGUUUUCAAGCCCGCCGACUCCAAUAAGUCAAGUUUCCCUUCUGCAUCUGGGGGUUCUGGCUUUGGUACCUUUGGAAAUGGGUUCUCUGGAGUUGGCGGCGGGUUUGGAGCGGCAGCAAAGACUGGUGGCCUCACCAGCUUCGCAUCACCCAGCGCCCCCACUACUUUCGGUGAGACCAAGCCCGCCACACUUGGUGAGGCCAAGUCCACGACGCUCGGUGCCGAAGAGUCCAAGGACAAGGACGAGGAGAGCGAUAAGGACGACGGUGAGGAUGAAGACAACAGCACUUUCGAGGCUGAGAAGACCGAUGAGCGAUUCUACGAACAGACCAUGGAAACCGGCGAGGAAGAGGAAAUCACCUUCUUCUCAUCCAAGUCCAAGUUGUUCAACUUCUUGGAUGGCGAGUGGAAAGAACGUGGUAUCGGUACCUUCAAGCUGAAUGGCCGCAAGAGCUCUACCGACCCUGAAAAGAUCUUCUCCCGCAUGAUCAUGCGCGCCGACGGCAACAUGCGUGUCAUGUUGAACAGCUCUCUCUUUCGUGGUAUGAACUACGGAGAUUCCAAGAACGAAUGCCCGACCAGCAAGCAAAUUCUCCUGGCCGGCGUCGAGAAUGGCCGAACUGUCCCUCUCUUGCUGCGUUUCUCGAACGCUGAAGCAGCCGAGAGGCUCUGGACGGAAAUUGGAAAGUGCAUCAAGAAUCUGCCCGGUGACGAAGAAGAGGACAACAAGGAGCAUUAG